CUUAACUUCAUUAAUACUUUUUAAUCAAUACUCUAAUAUUAUUUCGAUUUGAUACUCAUGUAAUUUUAUUGUAAUUGCGUUUGAAUGUAACUAAUUAAUAGAAAUGAGUCAAGAAAAGAUUUGUGUUAAGCUCCCAACGACAGAUAAAAAAGCAACUCUUUUAAAAUGGCGAGUAAAAGAAGGCACUUUGGUUAAUAGCACUGUUGUUGUACUUCUUUAUCAAGAGGAUGGAGAAAAAGAUCGGAAAAGUUUUCGCACACAUCACAUUGGUGUUGUUAAGAAAAUUUUGAUACACGAAGGACAAGAAGUUCCUGCAGGAUGUCCUGUAUUUGAGUUGGAGCCUGGUUGUAGCCAUAGUACUGUUGUUAGUGAUUUAUGUGCAGAUUGUGGUGCCGAUUUAAGAAUCGACAAUGCAUCUAAACCAACUGCAUCUGUUUCUAUGAUACACAGCGUGCCUGACCUUAAAGUCAGCGAACAGAGUGCAUUGUUGUUGGGUAAAGCUGAUGAAAAACGACUGCUUAGUGAUAAAAAACUGGUAUUACUUGUAGAUUUGGAUCAAACACUAAUACACACAACAAAUGACAAUAUACCUAAUAACAUCAAAGAUAUUCACCAUUUUCAAUUAUAUGGACCAAAUUCGCCUUGGUAUCACACAAGACUUAGGCCAGGUACUUACAAUUUUCUUUCUUCUAUUAGUGAAUUAUAUGAACUUCACAUAUGUACAUUUGGCGCUCGAAACUAUGCUCAUACUAUAACACAUAUUCUGGAUCCAAAAGGAAAGUUGUUUUCUCAUAGGGUUUUAUCACGAGAUGAAUGUUUCAACCCAAACAGUAAAACUGGAAAUCUCAAAGGAUUGUUUCCAUGUGGUGAUAAUAUGGUGUGUAUAAUUGAUGAUCGUGAAGAUGUUUGGGAUUAUGCUUUAAAUUUGAUACAUGUCAAGCCAUAUCAUUUUUUUCAACAUACUGGUGAUAUAAACGCUCCUCCAAAUUUACAAAAAAAUGUUGAUAUAACCUUACAACAGGAUAAUAGAAUAGAUUUUACACAUUUAGUCCAAGGUAUAACUAUUAAAAAAAAAGAUAAUCUAAAAGAUGAACCACAAAUGGAAGAUGGAGAAGUUGCGUCUGAUGACGAUUCAGGGAAUACAACAACUGAUAAUGAAAAAAAUAAAAAUAAUGUAACUAAAGAUAAUAGUGAUCAAGUAGAAGUUGAGGAAGAAGAUGAUUACUUGUUGUACUUGGAAGAUAUUUUGAAAAAUUUGCAUAAGGAAUACUUUAAAGAAUAUGAUCAAAAACAUAAGUUAUACGGAGAUGAUGUUGAGGUUCCUGACAUGAAGCGUAUCAUACCUAUGUACCGUUCAAAAAUAUUAGCUGGUAAAAAGCUAGUAUUUAGCGGUUUAGUGCCUACUCCUGUACCGUUGACUGAAAGCCGAGCUUAUAAGGUGGCUCGAUUGUUAGGUGCAGAAGUCACAGAAAAUAUUGAACCGGACUCUACACAUCUGGUUGCUGUUCGUCAGGGCACACUUAAAGCUAGUGCAGCCCGUAAACGCCCUGAUAUCAAAACAGUGACACCUGAAUGGUUGUGGCUUUGUGCAGAACGUUGGGAACAUGUUGAGGAAAGAUUAUUUCCUCUCCGAUCAGAAGGUGGUGGUGGUUCUAGUAGUAGAGACCCACCAGCUCAUUGUAGUAGUCCAGAACAUUCACCACAUUUUAUGGCUAAUAACCAAAAUAUUUCUCAUGUAAAUAAAGAACAGGAUCAAAAAUUUGCUGAGACACUUAAUCCUCUACUUUCAUUUUCUGAUGAAGAUAUUAAACGUAUGGCUGGAGAAGUAGAAGACAUGACUGAUGAUGAAGAAAGUUGUGAUGGUGAUGAUGCGCCAAAUAUAAAUAAUGUAUUAAAAAUAAAUAAAGAUGGCAAUUCAAGUUCAGAAGCAUCUUUAGAUGAUGGUUCUAGAAGAGGAAAUAAACGUCAAUUCAGUUCAUCAGAAUCAACAGAUAAUGAAGAUGAAGUAGAAAAAGAAAUAGAAGGUGCUAGCAGAGGACAGAAGCGUCGACACAGUUCACUAGAUAGUGAUGGAAGUGAAGAAGAUAAUGAAACGUUAAAUGAAAAAUUCCGUCAAGGUAAAAAUUUAGAUGAAUUGGGAGUAGAAUGGGGUAAUAAUAGUGAAAAUAGUGUUGACCAACCGGAUGAUAUGAAUGACUCUGAAUGGGGAAACAAUAGUGAAAAUAGUGUGGACCCACCUGACGAGAUAAAUGAUUCUGAAUGGAAUAUGUUGGGUGCUGCCUUGGAAAAAGAAUUUUUGGAAAAUCAGUAAUUAAUACAUAAAAAAUGUUUCUUAAUUUUUAGUUGUAUGAAUUGUACAUAUCAUAAAUUGUAAAAAUUUUCUUUGCUGAGUUUUUUUUUUUUUUUUUGAAACAUUAUGUAUGAUCUUAUUUGAUUUGUCACUAUAUACUGUGUAUUUGGAAAUUUAUUACUUGUGAUGUAUACCUUUUAUGCUUAUUAUAUUUGUAAUAAAUAAUU